AUGUUCGCCGCACGCGCUGAUCAAGAAAAUCUGGCUUAUGCCCACCAAGCUGCCGCUGCUGCCAAACCACUAAAUCAACAAGCAAAGACUCCUGCCAACAAGGCUCCCAAGACACCCUUCCGCCGCAACCAGAAUGACGAGAACGAUGCCUUCCAAUCCGGCUUCAAGACUGGGAAGACAACCAAGAAGGCUAACCUGGACCACAAUGCCUUCAUCACUCCGGCCGGCCCACGCAACCGCGCCCCACUGGGAAUGAAGACGACCAACGCCAAAGCAAAGACUCCGGCUCCGUUGACCAUCAAGGCAUCCGCUCAGAAGACUCUCAGUCCUCGACUACGCAGACAGAAGGUCAAGAUUCACCAAGCCGAGCCCAUUCAGCAGGAGCAAGAUGAUGGUGUUCCAGACAUUGAGUACAUGCCUCCGAGAUCAAUUCCACUACCUGACCAUCCAGACACAAUUCACGAACGCGACUACUCGAUGCUGGAUCCCCAGUAUGCUACCAAUGGCUUCUGGGGCGUCUUUGAGAACGCUCCCGAUGAGCACGGCGUCCGUCCAACUGAGCGCAAGAACCGCGAGAUGAUGGCCCGUACCGACAAAAUUCAGCAAGACAUCAUUCGCCGUGCUCUCGAGGCCGAUGACUUCCUUAACCUCGAUCUCACAAAGGUCCGCAAGGGUUUCGAGGAGAAAGAACAACAGUCCAGGGCUCCUUCCAGUCUGUCGGCUAGGCGUGCCGUCAGUGCUCUCUCCAGAUCAUCGUCGACUACGGCACUUGGUCCUCGCUUUGCUGCCCCAACAGCAACAGCCGCUGCUCGUUCACGCACUACCAACACCGUUCGUCCCCUCCCUCGCAAGCCCAUCUCUUCCUUGACUGCUCCGACUGCUUCAUCAUCGGCUCGCCACGCCUCUGCCACUGCCGCUUCACGCAACACACUUGGCUACGCUAGAGGUCGUGCCGUUUCCGCUGCCUCCAGACGCCCUCUCUCGACUCUCCACGAUAAGCCUGCUACCCCUACCGAGAAGAAAACUAGGACCGUCUUGGAAAACCUGAUGGCUGACGAUGCCGAAGUCGAGGAGCUCCUCCGUGAACGCAACGCUCGCAUGGAAGAUCAUGAUGCUCCUUCUGAACACAUGCGCAAGCUUUCGAUCCUUCCAGACGAGGAUGACGAAUUCAAGGACUUCCAGCUCACCAUGCCUGAGUAA